CAGCUCUCUGGUAGUCUGUUAGUAGAUCCAGAUUUCAGCGUUCAUUUGGGUGAGCUAAAGCAUAGCUUGGAUUCUGACUUCUACAGGUUUUCUGGCUUUGCCACUGGUAGAGAAGACCCAAGUUUUUGUGACACAGCUGCUACGGGACAAUGUUUUAGGAUCUCCCCGGCUAAGAGAAAGGGACUGUCUUUGGAGUCUGUACAAUGAACAAUGACGACGAGUUCUUUGACGCCGUCACAGGCUUGGAAUCAGACGAGUCUUGUGAAGGCACGUCGGAGGCCAGUUUUAAAGAUGCCGUAGUGUUUGAUGGCUCUGAGAAGAACAAUGGUUCCGUGCCACAGGAGAACGGAAUCACGAAACGCAGAACGAAGCUGCCUGCUCCAAUGUUCUCAAGAAAUGACUUCAGUGUGUGGAGCAUCCUGAAGAAAUGUAUUGGGCUGGAGCUGUCCAAGAUCACCAUGCCCAUCGUGUUUAAUGAGCCUCUCAGCUUCCUGCAGAGAAUCUCUGAGUACAUGGAACACACAUACCUCAUACACAGAGCCUGUUCUCAGACCGACUCUAUAGAGCGCAUGAAGGCUGUAGCAGCAUUUGCAGUCUCUGCAGUAGCGUCGCAGUGGGACAGAACUGGAAAGCCUUUUAAUCCACUGUUAGGAGAGACCUAUGAACUUACACGGAAGGACCAGGGUUUUAGACUUAUCUCUGAGCAAGUGAGUCACCACCCGCCCAUCAGUGCCUUCCACGCUGAGAGUCUGUCUGGAGACUUUGCAUUUCAUGGCUCCAUCUACCCCAAACUGAAAUUCUGGGGUAAGAGUGUGGAGGCGGAGCCCCGAGGAACCAUCACGCUAGAGCUCCUCAAUCACAAAGAGGCAUACACUUGGUCCAACCCUAUGUGCUGCGUACACAAUGUCAUCCUGGGUAAACUGUGGAUUGAGCAGUAUGGAACAGUAGAGAUACUAAACCACAGUACUGGAGAUAAGUGUGUGCUGAACUUCAAGCCCUGUGGGAUUUUUGGAAAGGACUUACACAAAGUCGAGGGUUACAUCCAGGACAAGAGUAAGAAGAAAAGAUGUGUGAUCUACGGCAAGUGGACUGAAUGUAUGUGGAGCGUGGACCCUCACGAUUAUGACACCAACCGCAAGACGGAAAAGAAAGCAGCCCCAGACACUAAAAAACAGAAACAGGAGGAGACAGUAGGUGGAGACACUGAUGAUGCUGAUGAUAUACCAGAGGGACAGGAGACUGUAUCAGUCAUAUCUGGGAGUACUCUACUUUGGAGAAUAUCAUCUAGACCAGCUCAUUCAGCCGAGAUGUAUAACUUCACAAACUUUGCCAUUACGCUGAAUGAGCUGGAGCCUGGCAUGAAGGAAGUCCUGGCACCCACAGACUGUCGCCUCCGUCCCGACAUCAGAGCCAUGGAGAACGGCAAUAUGGAUGAAGCAAGCAGAGAGAAGGAGAGAUUGGAGGAGAAGCAGAGAGCAGCUCGUAAGAAGAGGGGCAAAGACAAUGCUGAUUGGUCCACUAGGUGGUUUACUUCUGGAACAAACCCUUAUACAGGAAACCAGGACUGGCUGUACACUGGCGGCUACUUUGAUAGGAAUUACACAGACUGUCCUGAUAUUUACUGAUGGCCAAGGGCUUUGGUUUAGGAGUUCUGUCUUUGGUUCUCUCUCGUCAUGACUCCCAUCUGAAACGCGCCUGACAUGGUUAGCGUUUUUCCACUAAGCACCGCGUCCUUCACAGCACACACUGAUGUUGUCCAACUAGUGUUACUUCUCAUCCCCUACCAUUCCCAAACACAAGUAGGCUACACCAAACAAUCUUCCAUACCCUGGUGGAUAGAGAGUCUUUUUUUAUUAAUAGUUCACUGCAAAAAAAACAGGGCUUUGUGUAGUGGUAGAUCAUUUUUUAAGGUGGGUAGGAGAGAACUGGGUAACUUUUUUUUGUUUUGUUUUUGACUGUUAGCCAUAGUGUUUGCAUUUGAUGCACACUCAUUCACACGGUUUUUACUAUAAAGAGAGAUUUAUUCUUUCUUCCUUUUGGACCUCGAGAGUCUCCUCCUGAGUCAUAACCCUCCCUUCUUCUCUUUCUUUCCUUCUACUUUGUGUUAAUUUUUUUCAUCUGUAGAUUAAACGAGGCCCUAUUACCUGAGGUGUUUUUACCAACAUAGUGAACAGUGACAGUCCACAGGUGUCUGCUGUGUCUAAGAAAUCCAGUAUUUCAUCUUAUACAUCACACACAUUACUGUAAAGCACAGUCAGUUUCACAGCUAAAACCACUUAUAGUGGAUGUUUCACUUGUGGUGGAACUAGAAUGAGUAAACUUCCAAUAUUAAGCUGAUUAUUGUUAAUUUAAGGAACGAUUAUAAAAAAACAAUGUCGGUUGGUUAUAGUGAACCGAACGUGUGUACAUGUUUGUGGUGACAACCUUUGUGUAUGAAUGUAUGCCAGUGGUCAUUUGUGCAGAAACUAAAGCCAUAUAACAUAUUUAAACUACAGGUACAGUGUGUCACCCUUGGAUGAUUUGGAGGUCAUUUCAAAGUAGAAAUUCAUGAGUUCACAUGCCCCCCCCCCCUUUUUUUUAUGGAAAAAUCAUGACUCAGCAUCUUCUAAUAGCACUAAGAAGCAUUACACUUACAUGAUUAUGUCUUUGGUAACCAUAAUAUUUCUUUUUCUUUUGAAAAGACAUUUUGUCAAAUAAUAGUAAUAAUAAUACAGUUAAUCUGCAUUGUAAAGGUGACCCAUCUUUAUUUCUAUGAAUUUACAUGGUCAGAGUUUGACUCUGUUGAACAUAGAUCACCACCUUAUUUUAAUGUAAAUGUGUUUACCCACAAUCAGUUAAUAUUAUAUGUAUUUAUUUCUCUGCACUCAUACUCUGACUGAGUCCAUUUCACACUUAAGGAUUUCACUUUGGGUACGUCUUUAGCCGUGUUCAGUCCAUUGUGCUACACAUCUGUGUAAAAUAGCAUACAUUCCAAAUUUUGUUUUGUUUUGAUGUUAACCACUCGACAACUGUGUGAGAAUUUCAGCAUACCCAUCAUUACAUGCUACAGUUGUAGUUUAGCUGACUCCAAAUGUAAGCAGCCACACACUGUGUUAAUUAGCAUACUCCAAACGCAAGGAGACACACACUGUGCAUUUGAGAGGACAACAGAAAUCUAUGCAACUCACGAAUAGCUCAAAUCCUGAUUUAUUUCAUUAUGUCACGACGUUUAUCAUGAGUGUGCACGAUCGCAAGUCCACCUUAAUUCAUGAUUAACUAUUCCUGUCUUUGUGGGCAGCUUAUUUUCAUGUAAAGAAAAAAGCACAGAAUUUCCUCUUUAUCAUUAAUUAACCCCACCCCCAUCCCCACACCUUUCUGUACCACGACCCCCACACCACCACCUCCAUCACUACUGUCGUUUUAGUGAAUUUGUGUCUGAUAUUUUUAUUUUAGAUCUAAAAAUGUCUUUGUUGAAUGAAAUGCCUUUGAUACUGAGGGAAUCUAGCUAUGAAGUGUGCACUGCUUAAUGAAAGCAGUAGCACAGUGAUGCUAGAUUUUUUUUCUAUUGUUUCAGUGCCUCAAUUUGAAUAUGCCAGUAAGUCACUAACAUUUGGGCUCUUUUGUUUUUGUAGAUUUGUUACUUGCCUUCAUUCACUUGAAAGGCUGUUUAAAAAUUCAGUGGAGAGUAUUUCUCAAAUUCAUUUGUUUUGCUAACCCCUUGUUUAUAUAUUUUCAGCAGUAAAUACCAAUAAAAACAUUGACAUUUUCAUAAACGCCAUGAUGGGCAGAACACCCUGCUUUUGGUUGCACCUAUAUUUGUUCAAGCUGUUUCAUAAAAAUGUAAAUUUUAUUGUCUGAGACCUAGCAAUAUAAAACUAAUGUACCAUCAUUGACAGAAAUCUUAUGAGGGUUCAUGUGAAAUGAUUGCAUAAAAUAUCCUAUGUUUAGUAUUUUACCAUUUUCCUUGACUGUAUGUCUCAGCUGUUAAUGUAAAAAUGUGUGCUUUUUAAUGUUCUCAAUGUUGCACAUCUGUUUUAGUAAUCACAAGCACAUAGCGCAUUAUUUUGUGCGAUGAUUUAUUUUUAUAGUAUUUAAAUACUUUUUUGGUGAGAAAAUUAUGGAAAGUAUUUUAUUUUGAGGUGGGAUUCAGAUGUCUAAAACAUUUGGUGUUCAAACUCACUGGAUACCAUUCUGGCCUGGUGGAGCUCUACUAAUAAAGAUCUUAAUUUUA